UCACACUUUUUAUUUUCAGUCUGUGUCACAGGGAUGGUGCUUGGGUGGUGAAUCUUGUGAGAAACAGUGAAUUUAAAUUUAAUAUUUACAGUAAUUAAUCAAUUAUACAUGAUAAAAACAUUUAUUUAGUGAAGAAAUUAUUGUGUGUUUAUUGUUGUGUGAUACUACUAAAUUACUUCAUUAUUGAACAGUACGUCACCAUGCCCCAGCAGUGACGUCCGUUCCGCAACGAUGCCGCGGCGACAAUGAAACACUACUCCAAUGGUCACGCUACAGUCAAUGACUACUUUAUGAUGUACCUGGCGAGAUGGAAGCGCGCCGCUGUCGUCUUGUUGCUUGUAUGGAUCGUCGUCACUUACCUCGUUAUAUCGCCACUCAGAUGCAAUGGGAACCAAGAUGAGUCGUCAGACUUCCAGGAGAGGUUAAAGCGAGUGUCGUCACAAUUGGAGACUCUGAGGUUACAGCAUAGUAAUCUUAUUUCGCAGAUCAAAAAGACAUCGAGUCUCAAUGGUAACUUAAAGGACAUCGACACAGGGUCCCUGUUCCUUGAUGAGGGACAGGGACCAACGGAAGACUACGAGAAUCUCAGAAGGAGGAUAUACUCCAACACGAAGGAGUUAUGGUACUACGUCAACCAUGAGCUGACCAAAGUGCUGCAAGAGGAUAAUAAGGCGGAGAAGAUUCAGACGAUUUUAGACCAAAUUGCUGAAAGGAAAAGAUCGUUGCUCUCUGACCAGCAAGAGUUGCCGAAUCUCGACGGCUACAAAGACUGGCGGAUAGCGGAGGCUGCCAACGUCAGUGACCUGGUGCAGAGGCGGCUGAGACACCUGCAGAACCCACCGGACUGCAAGGAUGCCAGGAAACUUAUAUGCAAUUUAAAUAAGGGUUGCGGCUUCGGUUGCCAGCUCCACCACAUAGUGUACUGCCUGAUCUUCGCGUACGCCACCGAGAGGACCCUGAUCCUCAACUCUAAGGGCUGGCGGUAUAACAACAAGGGCUGGGACUACGUCUUCCAGCCCAUAUCGGAUAGUUGUACCAGCGCGUAUGACGAUAAAGUCGUGCAGUGGCCAGUGACGUAUGACGCUAAAGUGGUAUCCCUACCAUUCAUAGACUCAAUAUCGCAGAAACCUAAGUUUUUACCACUGGCAAUACCUAAGGAUUUAGCGCAUAGGAUAACGCGAUUCAACGGCGAUCCAUCAUCAUGGUGGAUCGGUCAGAUGCUGAAGUACGUGCUGAAGCCGCGGCAGGCGAUGCAGAAGGCCAUUAAUGAUACCAUCGCGAAGAUGAACUUCAAGACGCCUAUUGUUGGUGUCCACAUAAGGCGGACGGAUAAAGUGGGUACGGAGGCAGCGUUCCACCACAUCCACGAGUAUAUGGCCCACGUGAAGGACUACUACGACCAGCUCGAGCUGACGCGGCCCGUCGCCGUCCGCCGCGUAUAUCUCGCCACUGAUGAUGCUAACGUGCUAGAAGACGCCCGCUCGAAGUACCCGGGCUACACGUUCCUGGGCGACGCGUCCAUCGCUAAGACGGCGGCCACGCACCGGCGCUACACGCCGCUGUCGCUGACGGGCCUGCUCGUGGACCUGCACAUGCUGGCCAUGUGCGACUACCUCGUCUGCACCUUCAGUAGUCAGGUGGGUCGCGUGGCCUACGAGAUGAUGCAGACGAACCGCGUGGACGCGUCGGACAGUUUCUUCUCGUUGGACGACAUCUACUACUUCGGCGGACAGAACGCGCACGACCGCAUCGCCGUCAUGCACAAUGAUGGCAACUACCAGGAUAUCGCGUUCCAGGUCGGCGAUCUAAUCGGCAUCGCUGGCAACCAUUGGAAUGGUUACGGUCGAGGGACUAAUAAGAGAACUAACUUGAACGGCCUGAUCCCGUGGUACAAGACGGCUGACCACUUGGUCCUGUACCCUUUCCCGGAAUACAAACAGGUGCCGAUGUACUCUGACACGCGGCAAAAGGACUUAUAGACAACACACACGAUAGUGCUAAAGUAACCUCCCUACCCAUAGACGUAGAUAAACAAUAGAUGACGCAAAUGCACGUACUUUACGUGUCCAAACCCCGACCAAGCGUCGAGGUUGGCCGCCGCUACUCACAGUCCUUGGGCGUUUGUUGUUGUUACCGGACGACCGCGUGAUCUAAAAAAAUGCCUCGUUGCGGGAUAAUUAACUGCAAUAGCCCAAAAAUUUCGAGUACCCAAAGGCAAGAAGCAUACAAGCAGGCAUAUUUCCUAUCACAGGUAAAUUAUUUUAAAGUUAUAUUAUGCGUAAAUCCUGUGGUCAAAAAGUCGACACGCUUUGUUUCAAUACAAAUAGCGAUACCUGUUUCAUCUAUUGUAUGUCUAUAUCUGUGUUCCUACCACUGUAUGCUGAAACGAAACACAAUUUUAACACGUUCUUAAGUUACCUCGGACCUCGCUACACCUAAUGUUUUUAGCCCACGAUAAGAACUUCGUAAUAACUAUCCAAUGAGGUUCUCUCGCGGCACGAAUAGCUAUCUGUCGCUACUUUACCCCUUGAAGUGAUAGAGAUAGUAUAGUGGUUUAAAAUUGUUUAGCGUUUCAAUAUACGGUUAUGUUAAGCCAUAAAACGUAGUUUGGAUGUAGUUAUGUGUUAAAGAACCAAGAUCAGAAUGAAACAAAUUUAUUUUGUUUGGUGAAUCUAUUGAACGGUUUUAGCUAUAUAAAUACUUUAUCAUUUAUUGAUUAAGUUUAAAUUGGUUCUAUUUCAUAUAACUACAUCCAAAUUGUAAUUUUUAAAUGAUCAAGUGUGUUACAUCGUGCCCUUCAGAUAGUUUCAAUCUAAAGUCACAUUCAUAUUUUUACUAGCAAGGUUGCAUUUUGCAUAGCACUAAAUGACAUGUCAAAAUAUCUGUUAUGUUUUCCAAUGUUAACCUUAUCAUUCAGGGAAUAAAGUAGACAGUCGUAUUGCGUUGUAAAAGCAAAGCGAUAUUAAAAUGUUCACAAUGAUUGCAUUCAAAUUCAUAUAUAAUAAUCAGUACCUACUGUCAUUGUAAUAAGAAUUUACUCUGCAAUAGUAUUCCGAUUCACGUUUUCUAUUGUUUUUACUAUGCGAAGCUGGACCAUUGCCGUUUCGCCUUUGAAAUACAGAAUGAAUUUAAAUAAACAAAAACCUAAUAUAUUGUGUAUGAAUAUUAAAUACGUACAUUAAAUAUAACAUCAAAAUCGUUGAAUAAGAAAUAUAUUUUGAAGUGAACGCGGAUUAGAUCUUCAUUAAAUUUGUAAUCUCUACGAUCGUUAAAGUUUACAGCGUGUGUCUUUUACGGGCUUGUUAAUUGUUAACUGCCAAUGAUUAGUGAUUCUUAAACAUGAUUUACCUAUUAAAGCGCGACUUUGAUCCUCGCGUAGGACAAGUAUAUGUGUGUUAUAAUUUGUGCAAUAACUUAGUCAUUGACAUGUUUCGAAAAUGUACAAAACUCAACCGUUAUUAUAGCACGCGAAAAUGAGUCUUAUUUACCACACUUAAGUUUCAAAUUUAAUUACGCGGACUAACAACACAUUAUUUAAAAAAAUGGGCGUAAAUAACAAUGAGUUUCCAAAACUCACCUUGUAUUUGAAUAUAAUAAAUUAAUAGUCAGUGAAUACAUUCCAUAUUAAUUCGUUCCCUAUUAAAUAAUGUACUGAAUAUAACUGCUUCUGUCCAAUGUGGCCUAUUCAAUGUUUUGGCCUUCCACCGCCUCUUAAUGUAAGACGGAGUAAUAGUGGGAAAGAGAUAGCAAGCUACACGGUAUAGAGCGUUGUCUAGCUCCCACAAGUACACUUAUUUUAAAAGGUAGGACGGCUAUGCUUGUGUACUAUUAAUACUGCCUAAAGUCUGUACUGUGACAACAUUGCAAAUGUUCGAACAUUCCGAUAAAUAAUUUACAGCUUAUUUAAAUUAUAUUAACCUCAUUAAAAACCAACUUGAUCGAAUACUUUUGAAUGAAUGAUAAAUUGAAUGAGAAGUAAUUCUCGCGUUAUGAAUGAGUGAAAGACUUUAACUGUUGUAUUUGAAUGAUUAAACAAUGUUGACUAAAUCUGAAAAGGUUUUAUUAAAAAUUAUAUCGUGCGAUAUUCAAAUGAUAUUUUAUGACAUUCUAGUGCUAUUUUUUUUUAUCAACUCAUUUUGAAAGAUAUUAAAUUAGGGAUGAGACCAUAUUAUGAAACGUUAGCUGUUUUAAAUGGUAUAGCUUAACUUUUCCUUAAUGCUACAACACUCAAUAUUGGUAACUAAAACAAAUGAGCUUAUUAAUAUCAUGGUUUGGUCUGACUGCCUUCCUCCACCUCUUAAAGCAAAAUCAUUGCAUUUGUGGAAGGGUGCUACCGAUAUGCACGAUGAAAGCGAGAGAAUGUAGUGCAUUCUCUCGCUUUCAUCGUGCAACUACAGAAUUUACUUUAUGGGAUGGAGGUUGGUCUCGUUAAAGCUGUGUUUCCACCAGACAUGGGCGAUGGAAUCGUGUGAGGAUGUCCGCUAAGCCGUUUCCAUCAGAGCUAUGCUGACCGAUACUAUUCAGACCGAUCGAUGACUGAUUCUUUACAAACACAUCGACACGUCGACUGCACGGAAAGCCGAGUGGUUGAGGUCAUCACGCCAAACCCACUGAG